CACUCACUCAGUUAGUUGCCCGCGCGUUGUCCAGAUGUCUCGAACUAAGCCUGCGUUGGUGUGGCUAUCGCUGGUGCUGCUGCUCGUGGUGCUGUUGUUGGGCGGCCUCCAGCCCAUAGAGGCACGUUUCAUGCCCCCAGGCCUGCCCGUGAUACCGAAUAUUUGUAAGCAGCCACCGCCGCGGUCUGUGGGUAUUUGCACCAUCCAGAUAGAGGGCUUCUACUACGACCCCGCCACCUUGGACUGCCAGAUGUACUCGAUUGGGGCAUGCCACUCGACGCCGGGCCAGAGCUUCGGCGAUAUCCAGGACUGCGUCGCCACCUGUGUCCAUGGCGUGAGACGCAAUCAGGAUUUGUAUGUGAACGAAGGUUGAAAUGUUAACGAUUCGGAGAGAGUUUGUCGAAUAAAAAAUAUCAGCGUAGCGUCUGCGUCUGCGUCCGCGGCUGAACAGCUAACAAA